UCUGUCAGUGUCAGCCGGUCAGCAGCUUCGUUCAAGCUUGUUUUCAAGUUUUGUUCUUAUGCACGCAAACCACCGUUUGCAUCGUGGCGGUCAACACUAGUUUUUCCUUAAGUUCCAAGGAAUGUAUAAUUUUGUGUUUAUGCUGAAAUUAAUUCUAGUGUUUAGUGUUUCAUCUCGCGAGUGAGGUAGAGUGAUGUGUGAAAUAGUGAACAGAUGACUUCAAACCAUAUGUUUCAGUUUUUACCGUACUCUGAUCACGGAUUGAAAAGUGGAAAUCACACAGCAUAGCGGCGGAUAUUUCGCAUAUUUUAAAUGAAAGGUAAACGAAGACGGAACACUUCUCAGAUGAGUAAAAAUGUCAACAGAGGGAAGCGGAGAGACUGCUUCGGCCAUACCGAGUUUGCCCGGUGCGCCGGAGCAGACGUAUUUGUUUCCGAAAGCGAAGGGGCACUCGAGGUCCAUCAGCCAUGGCGGCACGCCGAUGCUGGCGGGCAAUCCGGCGGCGGCGCCCCCGCGGCCGCUCAAGUCGGCGCUGCGCGGCCACCAGCGCGCGCUCUCGCACGGCCAGAUCGGCGAGGGCGGGCGGCCGGCGGGCUCGGGCCACAGCCGGACCGGUAGCCGCACCGACUUCAUCCUGCCGCCCGGCCAUCGCGAACCACCGCCCAGCGGCCCGCAGCCGCGCGCGGGCUCCGUGCGCGUGCACUCGCGUCAGGCCUCCCGCUCCGACUCCAUCUACACGCUGCGCCGUACGUCUGUCGUCAGCCCUUGGCGCCGGACCCUGCUGCGUAUGCUGCGCCGGCAGCAGCUCGCCAUUGACAACAGACACUUCAACGUCACCCCCAACCAUCUAGUGCCAGAAAAAACGCCUCCCAAAGACCAUCCCAACGGUAGUAGAUGUGGUAACAAAGUGAGGACUACUAAAUAUACUUUUUUAUCAUUCAUCCCUAAGAACCUGUUCGAACAGUUCCAUAGAAUUGCCAAUGUGUACUUCAUAUUCAUAGUGUUGUUAAACUGGGUGCCGCAGCUGAAUGCGUUUGGCAAGGAGGUGGCCAUGCUGCCCGUUAUGUUUGUGCUCACAGUGACUGCAAUUAAAGACUUAUUUGAAGACCGGCGGAGACAUCUCUCUGAUAAGAGAAUUAACAACUCAUUGUGCAGAGUCUACAAAAAAUCAGUAGAACGCUACGUGCAGAUAAAAUGGCGGGACGUGCGGGUCGGAGACUUAGUCCACCUGUCGAACAACGAGGCGGUGCCGGCAGACAUGGUGUUAUUGCACUCGUCCAAUCCGCUGGGCAUCUGCUACCUCGACACCUGCAACCUGGACGGCGAGACCAACCUCAAGCAGAGGAUGGUCGCGCCCGGCUUCAAGGAAAAGUAUUUGGACUACAAUCCGGUAAAGUUCAGAAGCACGAUAGAAGUAGAACGACCGUCGACCAAAAUAUACAGAUUCAAUGGGACCAUAUCUCACCCAAACGGGGAGCGUGUUCCUAUUAACACUGAACACUUAUUAUUAAGAGACUGUACCAUUAAGAACACAGAUUUCGUUGAAGGGAUCGUCGUAUACGCAGGGCAUGAAACGAAAGCCAUGCUCAACAACGGCGGACCGAGGUAUAAAGCUUCCAAAUUAGAGAGGAAAAUGAACACCGACAUUAUAUGGUGCGUGCUCGUGUUGUUGUUUCUGUGUUGCGCCGGAGCGAUAGGCUGCAAAGUUUGGUUGGACCAGUUCAGUCCGCUACAUAAGUUGCCUCCAUUCAUCCCGCACGCCAACACACCAGCAUACGAGGGACUUUUGAUAUUCUGGACGUAUAUAAUCAUCUUACAAGUGAUGAUACCGGUGUCCCUGUACGUGACGAUAGAGAUGACGAAGCUGCUGCAGGUGUACCACAUCCACCAGGACGUGGAGAUGUACGACUCCAAGAUGAACACGAGCACGGAAUGUCGCGCUCUGAACAUUACCGAGGAGUUGGGGCAGAUCAACUACCUGUUCACUGACAAGACGGGGACGCUGACGGAGAACAAGAUGGUGUUCCGAAGGUGCACGGUGGGGGGAGUGGAUUACGACCACCCGCCGGGCCCGCCAGCCGAGCCGUCGCCCGACCUGCCGCCGAUAGUCACACCCAUCACGAAGGUCUCACCCAACAGAAGAAUGCUCCAACACGUCAUAGACAACAACGAAGCUCAACACACUCAGAAGGUGCGAGAGUUCCUGCUGAUCCUGGCUCUAUGCAACACGGUGGUGGUGAGCCAGCCGCACGUGGAUAAGAUGCAGCUGACCGGCUCCAACGUGUCCAGCCACAAGACGCGCGCCAACGGAACGCACAGGACCAACGACAAGUACUCCCGGCUGACAGAGUCCAGGUCAACGACCCCGUCGCCACCGCCCAACACGACGUCGCCGCUGCGCAUACGACUGCCCAAGCUGCCCAAACUGCGCGACGACUCGGUCGCCGGUAGAUCUUCGGAUAGCCAGAUAGCGCGUUACGAAGCGGAGAGCCCGGACGAACUAGCUCUGACAGAGGCAGCUCUUGCUUACGGCUACGAGCUUCGCGCCCGCACGCCUGAGGAGGUUGACCUGGGUGUCAGGGGUGAACUCACCAAGGUCAAGGUGUUGCGCGUGCAGCAGUUUGACUCCACCAGAAAGUGCAUGUCUGUGGCGCUACGCACUAGCACGGGUCAGGUGGUGUUAUACGUGAAAGGCGCAGACAGCACGGUUCUAGGUGCCCUAGCUCCUAUGCGCGCCGGGUCGGCCGAGGCGGCUGCUUACGAGAGAACCAAAGCGCUGCUAACGGAGUACUCGCGCGCGGGUCUACGGACACUGGUCAUGGCCAAGAGGACUAUGCCUUCAUCGCUGUGGGAAGAGUGGCUCGCCAGCCACGCGAGGGCCUGCGAGAUUGGGGAAAAUCGAGAAAAGAGAGUGCGCGAGUCCCUGGCGCGGCUGGAGAGCUGCUUGUCGCUGGUGGGCGCCACCGGGGUGGAGGACCGGCUGCAGGAGGACGUGCCGCGCACCGUGCGGGCGCUGCUGGACGCCGGCAUCGUCGUGUGGGUGCUCACAGGAGACAAACCAGAGACGGCGGUGAACAUCGCGUACUCAGCGUCGAUAUUCUCGCAGGGAGACAGACUGAUGUACCUCAUGUCCAGGGAUAAAGAACACGCGGAGAUGUCGAUCAAGAGCUACCUGGAGGACGGGUCAGCGGAGGGCGGCACGCGCGCGCUGGUGGUGGACGGGCGCACGCUGACGUUCAUCCUGGACCGGCGCUCGGGGCUCGUGGCGCCCUUCCUGGCGCUGGCAAGGCGCUGCUCCGCCGUGCUCUGCUGCCGCGCCACGCCGCUGCAGAAGGCGUACAUCGUCAAGGCAGUGAAAGAAGAGCUAGGAGUGACCACACUGGCGAUAGGUGAUGGUGCAAAUGAUGUGUCUAUGAUACAGACAGCCGAUGUUGGUGUUGGUCUAUCCGGGCAAGAGGGCCGCCAGGCAGUGAUGGCGUCUGACUUCACACUGUCCCGGUUCAAGUACAUCGAGCGGCUGCUGCUGGUGCACGGACACUGGUCCUACGACCGCCUCGCCAACAUGAUCCUCUACUUCUUCCUCAAGAACGCCACGUUCGUGUUCCUGGUGUUCUGGUACCAGUUGUACUGCGGCUUCUCGACGGCCGUCAUGAUCGACCAGAUGCACUGGAUGCUCUACAACCUCAUGUUCACCGCCUUUCCGCCCCUCAUCAUCGGAGUCUACGACCGCGUGGCGCCCGCGUCGCUCCUCACCGAGCGGCCCGGCCUGUACUCGGCCUCCCGCCGCGGCCUCACCUACCAGUCCCACUCGUACUGGGCCGUGCUGGCCGAGUCCCUGUACAUCAGCAUCGUGAUCUUCUUCACAAACGCAUCUACCUUCUGGGACAGCACCGUCGACAUAUGGGUGUUCGGCAUCAGCAACAUGACCUGCUGUCUUGUGAUCAUGCUGGCGUAUGUCGCUGUUGAGACUCGGAGUUGGACGGUGAUCCACGUGAUAGCGCUGACGGGGUCUCUGGCCGCGUUCUUCACGAUGACGCUGGUGUACCAGUCGGUGUGUGUGCAGUGCUUCGGCAUGCCGUCCACCUUCCACGUGAUCUUCCACGCCGCCGCGCCGCCCGCCUACUGGCUGCUCAUUGUACUCACUGUAGUCGCUGCUCUAGCGCCUAGGCUGAUGCUGCACGCGGUGCGCAACUCGCUGUGGCCGGGCACGCGCGGCCGCGCCGUGCUGGCGCGCCGCCGCCGCCCGCGCCGCCUGCCCUACGCCGCGCACUACCACACCAACACCUCCUCCGCGCACGUCUACAGGCCGACAGACGAGGACGGGUUGUCGAAAGCGAACCCAGAGGUGACGGCGAUCACGUGACGACCGCGACACGACGCCACGCGCGCGCCAGGACUCUGAACAUGGUGCUGACUCUACACCGGAACGUAGCUAGCAUGGGGUGACACACUGCCUAUAAAACAUAAAAAUAUGAUUAUUGUUACUAUCGAACAUAGAACCUGCUUCUUUUUUUAAAUUUGGUAAAUACAAUAAUACAAUGCACGAAAGCGAAACGUUUUCGCAAAAAAGACGUACUGGCAGUUACACUGUAUUUUGCACUACCUAUUCGAAUUUGUAAAAUGUUGUAAAAUGUCUUUUUCUAUUUGUAUUACGGACCAAUAGCAUUUUAUAAAUCAUUCUUUUUUAAUCUUCCUAAUGUUAGAUUCUAGGUUUAAAUAUUAUUGAAGAUUCACCGAACGCUCUUUAUUUAAUUCUUUAAGUAUUUUUCUUUUAAUUUGGGGCCUACUAGCUACGUCCUAUCGUGCGAUCACCGAAGCUGAUUACCUCGAACCAUUAAAUUUAAACUUAGGCUGUGAUCUGUCAUUAGAACUAUUGUAUUAUAGUUAUAUAGAGUAAUAUAUUGUGCUUUUAUACAGCAAAGCGGGACCAAUGCGUCAGUGACGAGGCCGUGUUGGGCUGGCCGAGAUAAUGUAAAGACACGCGCCAUAGUGCUCUCAUAUCUCAUGGUAUAAGAACACCAGGUAUGCUCAAUCCUAUGACAAGCCGCCAUUGCUAGCCCAUUGAUGAAGUAAGUGUUACCAGUAAAUUGGUAUCUCCAACAUUCCAAGGACGUAAAUUUAAUUACUGAAAAUUAAGGGAAUUACGGUCUAAUGUACCCUAUUACUAUUACUUGUCACGUAUAUAAAAAUCAUUAAAACUGUGAGUAAAUCUUUUACUAAAAGUAAAUUAAAAACAGGUCGUGGGUAAUUUAUUUUUUACGAAAUGGCAACAUUGUGGAAUGACGUCAGCUGGGCUAACCUUGAAAUGUUAGCUGUCACUUUUGAGCAUACCUGGUUUUCUUAUACCAUGAUAUGUCUUAUGUAAUAGUAAUAGCAUAUUACUGUCAAAAUGCAUUGUGACACUAUGUGUGCGUAGUCGGAAAACGAACAGAUCAACGUGUAGCCAUCUUGGGUCGAAAGUGCCGGUUAUACAUUCAUAAAUCUACUGAAAUUAUGUACUUACUAUUGACUUCCGAAGUUCCAUUUAACUGAAAAUCAUGAUCAUGUUACCUAGGAGCGGCGUUCGCGACUUCCAUUAUGUGUAUACUGUGUCAAAUGUUAAUCUGUAGACUCGUCGAUUGACACUCGAGUCAAUUUUCUUAUUACUCGUAUUCUCUCUAGUCUCGUUGUACAUAGUCGGGAGCCCAAACACGUGGUAUGAACUGAUAGAUCUGCCAAUCCUAUAUUAAUAUAAGUGUGUUAUUUUAACUCAGUAUUGUUCAACUUGUAUGUGCUUUGUCCCUGUCACGAGUAAUACAAGCACUCUAUAACAUUAAAAUAAUUAAAACGUGUACUUAUCGCUUCAAAAGCCAAUUUUAUAGGAAGCUCUGAAUGAUAAAUGUUUGUUGGAUUUGAAAAAUAACCGAAACUUGCCAGUUGUGACGUGAGGGUGACUAGAUCGGAGCAUUUAAAUGAAAAAACUAUUUAAACAAAAUGUAUUUUUGAUGGAAGAUUGGCGCUAAAAGUGCAGUUUUUAUAUGCAGUAAGACACUUAAGUUCAUGUCUUGUGUGUGACCAUUGUAUAGUGUGAAUUGCGAUCUACUAAGCACUAGACAUCGCAUACAAGGUAAACCGAAUCCUAGCUUGAAAUAAACUAGGCAUUCAAUUAACGACAUACCCUAAUAUCAAAUUAUUUUCUUAUAAAAAUGUUCAUAUGGUGUCUAGUAGUUAAUAGUCUAGUGUUAGAUAUGAACCAACCGGUUGAGAAAUGUAUUUUUGUAGAAGUAUAGUUGUGAUGUUGAUUGGCUUCCUCACAGAGUGGAUUUAUAUUCAAACGUCAAGCUGCCUUGCCCUAGACUGCACCCGCUAUUGGGGCGCUCCUUUACUCGCGGGGAACACACUCGCACUGUCCCUCCAGACAGUUAUUUGUAUAACCCGUGCGAAUUAAGUAUACACCUCGUAAAGUGGGUGACACACUUCCGAGGUGCCUACUUGAUUCGCAGAAUAUAAUUAUUUACGAUACCAUCUCAGAAUGACAUUAUUUACCGUUGGCGCAACGCCCCCUUGUGGUUUAUGACCGGACGCUGUUUAUCUAAUCAUAUAGUUUCUGAGAUGUGACGUGUUUUAAAAUCGUUCUUUCUGUUUCUAUGUGUGAAAUACGAAAUUCGCAUUUUCUAUUUUAUUACGCUAGAUGUUCCACUGAGUGGUACACUGUCAAGUACUUACACUUUUUUAGAUUGCGUUUGAUUUCCAUAUAUAUCGAAAAAUUUUGCUAGUUUAAACUGUUUUGUAAUUAUAUGUUUAAACGCCUAAUCAAUAUUCCAUCACACGAAAAUCAAUACUUAUACAAAAUCCAUUCUUACAAAGACUUUCUUUACAAGUAUUCCAAUUCUUUUUAUUUAUGUAACUGGCUGUGUUGUCAUCGCAAUAUAUCCACAUUCCAUUGUUUAUUGUACAGUGAAUGUUAAAUCUUGAGAAUUUUAUUACGAUAAGAUGUAAAUAUUUAGAGACACACGUCUCGUGUAUGUAAAGUGCCUUCUCCGGCGAGAGUGUUCCCCGCCGUCUUACAAAUAGACGAUUCCUAAAGAAUAUAUACUAUUUUAAUAUUGUUUCUAGUUAUGUACAUACAGACAAAAUAUAUAUUUCUACAUGAAUGACGUUCGUUAAUGUACAGUAGGAUAUUUUUAUAUAUAAAAAAACCUGUGUAAAUAAUUUGUAUGUUCUAAGACUGUUGUUUAUUUUAGAGCUUUUAAUUUGUUCAUUUCGGUUAAAGUAACGUAUCGUGAAACAUGUAUUUUCCAGUCAUUUUGUACUGCGCUGAGAUUUCUCGAAUAAUUUUGUUAUGUUUUCGAUGUACUUCUUGCCAUAUUAUGUGAAUCGGAUAUUUAGUUAUUAACAAGUAUAACAGUAGUACAAGUUUAAACAUAAGCGGUAUGAUUUCAACCGGACACGAGAAAAUCAGUUUUAUAGUUUACAAAGUUACAGCUAACACAUAAGUGUUAGCUGUAGUUAGACGUCACUUGCUGUGCGACAGGGAGUGUUACAGUCAGUUUGCUACAAGUAACUUAGGGGUUAAAAUGGCCGCAUCGGAGCAAUUCAUCUAAGAAAGCAAUAUUGCAAUUUGUCAUUUGCACAUAUAAAAGUAAGUGCGCAAUGCAAACAAAUGUCAAAUAGCAAUAUUGCUUUCUUAGAUGAAUUGCUUCGAUGUGGCCAGUUUAGCCCCCCUUGUUACUGAACUAACUAUAACACGUCACGCGGCAACCGGCUAAUAAUAACAUUGUUUCUAGUUAAAGGACGCUAUUAGAUUAAAAUUAGUUAAAUUAUUUAUAACUAGUCUUUUGUCAACGAAAGUUAGUAUUUGCAGAGCAUUUUAUCUCGUUAAUGUUAUGAUUAGACUUCUCAACGAUCUUCCGUAAGCAGUAAGAUAUUAUUAUAAUUUUAAAAAUUGAUGUUUGUUUUAAUUUCAUCUUGGUUUAUUCAAAAUCGAUGAUGAAGAUGUGUGAAUGUUUCUUGUAUAGCAACAUUGGUGAAUACUCAAGUAUCAUUCAAAUAAUCUCGCCCAAGCUCCUUAGCUCGGUAGGUAGGUCUAUAAGUUUUGUUCUUAUUGGUGUAGCUUAAAUCAGAAUCUAUCAUCGCUGUCUUUUCAAAUUAAUAGUUUCACAAACUGAAUUUAAAAGCGACUUACCUAAGGUCGAAUUUCUUGUUAUCUAAUUUAUACAUAAACAGUGAUUUUGAAUGAACCACGCAAUCAAAGAAUAACGUAUAUAUUGAGAUAGUUCUCGCUGCCUCCACCUACAAAGCUCCACGGCGCACAUAGGGAUAUUUUUGACAAAAGUUGCCCAAAAAUAUUUUAUGGCUCUAAGUAGUUGAAAAGGCUCAAUUGAAACGAAUUAUGUAAUAAUUUAGCAAUUUCAAACAUUUAUUUAAAAAAAAACACCAACAGUAACCAUAAUAAAUGUAAAAAAUAAACAUAACUUUUAACAAAUUAGUUAACACGGAUAUACGCAUGCGAG